AAAAAGAAAUAAUUAUGUAAACAUGGGGAUUUUUCAGUCGAAACACAUUCCCUUGGAGCUACAUGAGUGCUCAUUAUACUCAUAGCGGGGAUACAUGCGUGAUUGAGCCGUUUAGAUUAAUCUACGUGCAUGGAGCAAAGUUUUCACAGUCGCGAUCGAGAUCGAGGAGCUAGUUGACCCUUUGCCGAGCGUCGUCGGCCUGUGACGGACUCUGGGAAAUGUAUAAAAGAAUUAAUAGCUGUUACUAAAAAGUUGACGGUAACGUUUCGCAACAAGUUGGCUCGCGGUUACUGUUAUAAUCGAAAAUUUUCGAUUAUUUGAGAAUUUGGGUAACCAAUUUAUCGUUAUAACUGGAGCCACCAACUUGUCAAAAAAAUCUAAAAAUAGAUAACAAAUAUCGUAAAUUACUCAGAGCGUGAGACGGAGUUGUAAUAUCCUCGGAGAAGAGUUUCUAUAAGAUUUAAGGACUCAUCAUCGUACAGCCAUGAAUUCUGUUAAAGAAACCACAAUUAAUGUGUCCGACGUUACGCACGAGAUAGGUAAAGAUAUGGUCAAUGAAUACAUAUUAGCGGAUAUUCUACGUGAGUCGACUGCCGAUGCAGUGCAAAAAAAAAUACAGGAAGACAAUAACAAUCCGAUUUUCGACGUUCUGCAGAGAAUAGAGAUACCUCCGCCGAAAAACGACGAAUUCUUGCACAACACAAAAUAUCGCGACAAAAGGAAAUCCAGUAAAAAGAAUGGGAUGCCGGAUAAAGACUUUCUCGCGAGAAACUCGUUAUUCACCGAUCUCUUCGAGAUUCCACACUUUCGCACAAUUUACAAUAUCUUUUUGAUAAUGUCCAUAUUCCUGCUUUCCAGCACGGUCGUGACCGAUAUUAUAGAAUACGGAACGAUUCACUAUGGUAUCAAUGCGUUACGAGUUGGUUUUACAAAGUUUCCAACAUGUAUUUAUAUUUGGUUGCUCAUGCAAAUCUCGAUAUUAGGUGUCUACGUGGCUUUCACCCUCUGGGCGAAUCAGCGACUUCGAUUCUUACCAAAAUCCUGUAUCCGGAAAUUUUGGGAUUAUGGCUGCCUAUCAGCAUUCAUGUUAUAUCAAGUUUUCUUCUUUAUUAUUCCUAUCACAAUGAUAAUCAAAGAAAAUCUUUCAAUAGGGUGCAGUAAUAUUAUUAUUCUUGAGCAGAUACGCAUGGUGAUGAAGAGUUGGGCUUUCGUCAGAAGCGCGGCACCCAGGUAUUUAUCUUAUGAACCCCACAGCGAAACUUCACGUCCAAGCGGCCCCAAAUUCUCACAAUAUUGGUAUUUUCUAUUCGCACCGACUCUUCUGUACCGUGACAAAUAUCCUAGGACGAAAGAAAUCAGGUGGAUGGUGGUGUUUCGGAGUUUCUCUGAAGUCGGCCUAUCGAUUUUUCUUCUGGCCUUCAUCAAUGAACGUGUCAUAGGAUCGACCUAUCACGCGUUCGGCACGCAGUACCUAGAACUGAAAUGGUUUAUUAGAACUACCAUCGAGUUAUGUAUUCCCGCUUUUCUCAUUUUCAUAACCGGACAAUAUUUUUUCCUACACGCAUGGAUGAACGCCUGGGCAGAAAUGCUGCGGUUCGCAGACCGAUUGUUUUACAAGGACUGGUGGAACAGCACGACUUAUCACGAGCUUUUCCGCAAGUGGAACUUGGUAGUGCACGAUUGGCUAUACACGUACAUCUACAAGGAUAUGUACGAGAUCGUGGUACCAUGCAACCGAACGCUGGCAGCUACCGUUGUAUUCGUCACUUCCGCCGUCAUUCAUGAGUACGUAAUAGCGUUCGGAAUCGGUUUCUUGUAUCCGGUGAUGCUCAUCAUAUUCGUCGGAAUUGGCUUUCCCCUUUUCUUCGUGAAAAUCAAAGUUGUCACCAGUGGAAUCUUCGUGUGGAUACUCAAUAUCAUCGGCACAAGCAUUGUACUCAACCUGUACACGAUGGAGCUCUACGCCCGGUGGAACAACUGUCCACCUCAUCCCAAUUACUACCUAGAUCUGCUCAUACCGCGAAGCUGGAGCUGUCAAGAGCAGUUUAAUCCAUUGUUCACGUCGACUGUGAAAUCUUGUAACGAGACGAUGGAUUUUUCUGUUACAAAUUAUUGACUGUUAGAUAGGAGUUUACAUAAGUUUAGCGUUAAACUAAAUAGAGUAAAGAACACUUCGACGCGAUAAAAUUAUAACAUCCAGUGAAAAGUUUUUUCGAGUAAAAAAAAGUUAUUUGUUAAAAUUAAAUAAAUAAUUUGAACAAAUAAUUUAUUUGCUUUAUAGAAAACUAAAACCGUCAUUUCUGAAAAACAAAUUUUUAUUUUCCUAAAAGGUAUUUUCGCUGCAACUUAAAAAAAGCAAGUUUAAAGAAAUAAUUUCAUCAAUUUAAAGAAUUUUUCUAUGGAAUAUAAGAGAACUAAUAAGGGAUAUAAGAACUAAAUAAUAAAAAAAUAGGGAUAACAGAGAUUUAAAAAAUUUUUCUCUAGGAUAUAAGGGAACUAAUAAGAAUUUAAAUAUCGUUGGUGAACAUUAAUUCAUUUAAGGAAUAUAUUGCAGUCUUAAUUUUUUUUUAAUCAUUUUUGAAUUAGAAAAGUAAUUGCAACUUUUUUUUCAAACUUUUGAUACAAAUUUAAAAAUGGACAAAAAUAUUUUUGUCUAUUUCCUAAUUAAAAAUUUACAGUCAUAACUAAAGACUUUUAUUUCUUUAAUAGUUUUAAUAAUAAAUUGUAAUUAAAUUAAUUGUAUGUAUUAAGAGGAAUGUGGAGUUGUUAAAUGUACAAUACACGUGAGUUUAUACAAAAAGA